AUGGAGCACUACCACCCUCUAGUGGUCACCUCUGAGGACAGUACUAGACUACAGCAGGGCAAUUCCACUCAUCCAGGGCUACUCCAAGGCUGCUCCAAGGGCUGCUCCAAGGGCUGCUCCCAGGGCUGCUCCCAGGGCUGCUCCCAGGGCGUGCUCCAAGGGCUGCUCCAAGGCUGCUCUUCCAAGGGCUGCUCCAGGGUGCUCCCAGGGCUGCUCCAAGGGCUGCUCCAAGGGCUGCUCCAAGGGCUGCUCCCAGGGCUGCUCCAGGGCUGCUCAAGGCUGCUCCAAGGGCUGUCGUGCUCCAAAGGGCUGCUCCAGGGCUGCUCCCAGGGCUGCUCCAAGGCUGCUCCAAGGCUGCUCAAGGGCUGCUCCAAGGGCUGCUCCAAGGUGCUCCCAGGGCUGCUCCAAGGCUGCUCCAUGGGCUGCUCCCAGGGCUGCUCCAAGGGCUGCUCCCAGGCGUCCCAAGACGCCGCCGACGCAGAGAAAACAUUUGGAGGCUACUCCAAGGGCUGCUCCAAGGGCUGCUCCAAGGGCUGCUCCCAGGGCUGCUCCCAGGGCUGCUCCCAGGGCUGCUCCAAGGGCUGCUCCAAGGGCUGCUCCAAGGGCUGCUCCCAGGGCUGCUCCCAGGGCUGCUCCAAGGGCUGCUCCAAGGGCAAUUCACUCAUCCCAGGGCUACUCCAAGGCUGCUCCAAGGCUGUCCAAGGCUGCUCCCCAGGCUGCUCCCAGGGCUGCUCCAAGGGCUGCUCCAAGGGCUGCUCCAAGGGCUGCUCCAAGGGCUGCUCCAAGGGCUGCUCCCAGGGCUGCUCCAAGGGCUGCUCCAUGGGCUGCUCCCAGGGCUGCUCCAAGGGCUGCUCCCAGGGCGGCUCCAAGACGCCGCCGACGCAGAAGAAACAUUUGGA